GCCGCCCGGACCGGCCCCGCUACCUGCCCGGCCGCGGGAGGGGCCACUUACCCCACCCCAGGAGGAUGGAGAUCCUGCAGCUGCUGCGCCUUCUCCUCACCACCACCAUGCUGGGCCUCUCCCAGACAGUGAACCCCUUUGUGGCCCAGCAGACCCCCCCUGACCCUUGCUACGAUGAGAGCGGUGCUCCUCGCCGCUGCAUCCCUGAAUUCGUCAACGCUGCCUUCGGGAAGGAGGUCCAAGCCUCCAGCACGUGCGGGAAGCCCCCGACACGGCACUGCAACGCCUCGGACCCCCGCCGAGCCCACCCGCCCGCCUACCUGACCGACCUCAACACCGCCUCCAACAUGACGUGUUGGCGCUCAGAGACCCUCCACCACUCUCCCCAGAACGUCACCCUCACCCUCUCCCUCGGCAAGAAGUUCGAGGUGGUCUACGUCAGCCUCCAGUUCUGCUCGCCUCGGCCUGAGUCCACCGCCAUCCUCAAGUCCAUGGACUACGGCAAGACCUGGGUGCCGUACCAGUACUACUCCUCCCAGUGCCGCAAGAUCUACGGCAAGCCCAGCAAAGCCACGGUCACCAAGCAGAACGAGCAGGAGGCCCUGUGCACUGACGGCCUCACCGACCUGUACCCGCUCACCGGCGGGCUCAUCGCCUUCAGCACCCUCGACGGGCGACCCUCGGCCCAGGACUUCGACAGCAGCCCGGUGCUCCAGGACUGGGUGACGGCCACCGACAUCCGCGUGGUCUUCAGCCGCCCGCACCUCUUCCGCGACCUGGGUGGCCGGGACGCUGGCGAGGAGGAGGGCGGGGGCACCGGCUCGACCCCCUACUACUACGCGGUGGGGGAGCUGCAGGUGGGCGGGCGCUGCAAGUGCAACGGGCACGCGGCACGCUGCGUGAAGGACAAGGAGCAGAAGCUGGUGUGCGACUGCAAGCACAACACGGAGGGCCCCGAGUGCGACCGCUGCAAGCCCUUCCACUACGACCGGCCCUGGCAGCGCGCCAGCGCCCGCGAGGCCAACGAGUGUCUGGCCUGCAACUGCAACCUGCACGCGCGGCGCUGCCGCUUCAACAUGGAGCUGUACAAGCUGUCGGGGCGCAAGAGCGGCGGCGUCUGCCUCAACUGCCGGCACAACACGGCCGGCAGGCACUGCCACUACUGCAAGGAGGGCUUCUACAGAGACCUCAGCAAGGCCAUCACCGACCGCAAGGCCUGCAAAGCCUGUGACUGCCACCCCGUUGGUGCAGCCGGCAAGACCUGCAACCAGACCACGGGGCAGUGCCCGUGCAAGGACGGCGUGACCGGCCUCACCUGCAACCGCUGUGCCAAGGGCUACCAGCAGAGCCGCUCGCCCGUGGCCCCCUGCAUCAAGAUCCCUGCCAUCAACCCCACCUCCCUGGUCACCAGCACGGAGGCACCUGCAGACUGUGACUCCUACUGCAAGCCAGCCAAGGGCAACUACAAGAUUAACAUGAAGAAGUACUGCAAGAAGGACUAUGUGGUCCAGGUGAACAUCCUAGAAAUGGAGACAGUGGCCAACUGGGCCAAGUUCACCAUCAACAUCCUCUCUGUCUACAAGUGCCGUGACGAGCGGGUCAAGCGCGGCGACAACUUCUUGUGGAUUCACCUGAAAGACCUGUCCUGCAAGUGCCCCAAGAUCCAGAUCAGCAAGAAGUACUUGGUCAUGGGGAUCAGUGAGAACUCCACUGACCGGCCUGGACUGAUGGCCGACAAGAACAGCCUGGUCAUCCAGUGGCGGGACGCCUGGACACGCCGCCUUCGGAAACUGCAGCGGCGGGAGAAGAAGGGGAAGUGUGUGAAGCCCUGAGGUGUUUCCACCCAUCCUGUCCCCACCCCGUGCUCAGCCCCAGCCUGGCUGGGCACUGUCAGACUGCGCCCACAGACUCUGUACAUAUAUAUAGUGUGAACGGACUCUCUGUCUAUAGUGUA